UAAAGCUCCACUAAGCUUAUAGUCAACAGUGAUGCCGUUAAGUGCUUGAUUCAAGAGUGGUCGAACUAGAUAGACAUCACGGGCGGUAUCGAGCUUGAGGUGAAAUGUAGUUCAAUAUAAUGGUAAAACGAAAGACAGUGUGCACAUUUAUAUCUUAUCAGUCAAGCAGUGAAAACCCCAACUUAUGAUUUGCGAUAAGCGAAUUCCCUUUCCGCCGUAUUGCUAUUACGAAAACAGUUCAAAUUCUCUGUUCGAUCGGGCCACUUGACCUCCCUUCGGUUGCAGCUGAUAUUAACUGAGUUUGGUACUCACUCAGCGUUGUGAUAAGAUUCCCUACAUAACAACAAGUAAACAUUUGGAUGAAAUUUGCGGAGCAAUAAAUGUUUGAAUGUUUGUUAAAAUGAGAACCAAUUACCAGCUAUUGCAUUUGUAAGCCGCAAUAAAGUGCAAAUCUUAUCAAAGGGACGGUAACUGAUAUCGGCCAGAAUCUUCAGCGAAUCGGAAACCUCUGUACUUCAAUUGCCUGCCGGAAAUGUGCUUCAAUUGCCUUCGAAGAAGUGAACAUGAUUAGGUGAUUUUUGUAGUUAUUGCACUAUGUUUCUGAAAGUUGGCAUAUGCAUAUAUCAGCUGUGGCUUAUAAUGAUAGAAGUGGCGCGCGCAAAUGAUGCAGUCGUUUACGAAGAUGGCCCAAUUCAUUACGAUCAACUACCAUGUGGUCAAUUCUUCUGCAACCAAACCACUCAAGAAUGCAUUAAUAACAUGAGUUGCGAAUGCAAACCUCAGUUCGAGUAUAACCCUGAUGAUGGUCAUUGCCAUAUUUGUCCUAGUGAUGGGCAUUUCUGUAUCUCCUGCUGUUUCGGUGGGGCCGUUUGUCACGCAGGUCGGUGCCAACAUUGCUGGAAGGAUCAGAAUGGCGAUUGCAUGUCCCAGGAUUCGAUUUUUUUCAUAACUGCCGCUCAGUUUGCGCUGGUUACCGCAAUGGUUUUGGGAAUUUUAGCACUGGGAUUGCUGUUGUAUAAAACAUGUCGAGCGAGGACAAGACGUAAUGCUCAACCAUCUUCUGAGAACGAAAUCAGUCGUUUUAGUUUGAGUCGUAUAUCGUUGACUUCGAUACAGGUGAGAGUACUACGAAGAUUGCGUGAUCGACCACCAAAGUACGAAACUCGUCAUAAUUACGAAUUCAAUCGGAGGGAACGUUCCCAAGCGAGCCCGAGGAGACACACCACGACCCCUGUAAGUCGACAGUCGGGUUUGGGAGAUCCUCCACCGGCCUAUGAUGGGGACACGGCCUCCGUUGUCGAUAUUCCCCCACCAUAUUCUGUGGAUCUGCCUCACACAGACGCAAGAAUCACUGUUCCAGUUCAACAGAGUAUAGCUAACGUGGUGGACAGAAGCGGUGAAGUUAUAGAAAAUGGUGUCGAUAAUAAGGCAUUCGAAAAUACGGAAGUGUGUGAAGUUAAACAUAAUGAACAUAAAGUCAUACAUAUAUAAGACUGCUAAACUAGUCGAAUAUUACUGUUUCGAAUAUAGUUGAUUUCAGCAAAAAAAAUAUAAAUUUUUUGUGUAACACAGCAGUUUGUAUGUACUAAAAAAUAUCAAUGAUUUACUUCAAGAUUCAACAUUUGAUAGUAUGUAUGAAAGGAACUGAUUGAAAUUUGCUUUUUUCUUUUCGCCCUUCUUAAUAAAUAU